UCAUGCUGCUGCCAGGUCCAGAGUCUGUCAUGGGUCCCUGUACGGCCUCCCAUUGCUGCUGUCUCCAUCGCCACACUCUGCCAUGUGCCACUUUCAGGUCUCCUCACACUGCUGGUGUGUUCAAUUUUUUGACAUAGGGUGCUGGCAGAUUACGGGCCUCCCAUAGCUGCUGCCAGGCCCCUAAUCUGCCAUGGGCCCCUAUAUACCGCCUCCUCAUGCUGCUGCCAGGUCCAGAGUCUGUCAUGGGUCCCUGUACGGCCUCCCAUUGCUGCUGUCUCCAUCGCCACACUCUGCCAUGUGCCACUUUCAGGUCUCCUCACACUGCUGGUGUGUUGAAUUUUUUGAC